AUUCUUUGCUAUAUUCUCACUAACUUCGUCCUUGAUGAUAUCAAUUAAUACCUCUUGUACACAAUAUUCACUUCAAUAUGACAAAUCCAAACGCCAAGGCACACAACCGCCUCAUCAAGAUCAGUGAUUUUCUCACUGGUAAUAAAACCGCAACCACGAUCCCUUGGGACCCAGAUUGUACCAAGUUUCCCAACCGGAAAGAUGUCCCGAGGAGAGAAGAUGCACCAGAGGGAGCUGCCUGGGUAUGGGGAACGGAGGACUACCUUGGACGAAUCAACCUCCUCACUCCCGCUCGAGUUUCUGCUGCCUCGAGAGAAAUUAGGUCCGGAGACAUUGUCCCCCUGAAUUUGCCUUUGGAUGUCCCGAAUGUCCCAGCAUUUGAACGUGAGCCCUUCAAGCAUGAGAUCAAGAUAUUGGCAAAGAAUGUUGCAUACGAUGAUAAGUAUCAACUCAAUACACAGUCUGGAACACAAUGGGAUGGGUUCAGACACGUUGCUCAUAUCCCAAGCGAGACCUUUUACAACGGGACCAAAGCUAAAGAUAUUGAGGGAAACACAAAAGAGGACAAGAAUAAAUGCGGCAUUCAUCACUGGGCUCAGCAUGGAAUUGCAGGAAGGGGUGUUUUGAUUGACUAUUUGAGUUAUGCCAAGGAUAAGGGGAUUGUUUAUGAUCCCUACGAUUACUAUACAAUCUCCUUCGCGGAGCUUCAAGCUUGCGGGAAGGCUCAAGGAAUUGAUGUUAGGCCAGCAUCCCAAGGCGGGGACAUCCAAAUCGGAGACAUUCUCUUUAUUCGCUCUGGAUUCGUCUCAACAUAUCACUCCUCAUCGCCUGAUGUCCGGGCUGCAGCGGCCUCGAGACCGCACAGUAGCGGAAAGGAUGACGGUCAACGAUGGGCUGGAAUUAAACAAGAAGAGGCAAUGAUUGACUGGCUUCAUGACUGCUACUUUGCAGCAGUCGCCGGAGAUGCGCCCGCGUUCGAAGCGUGGCCAAGUCAGGAAGAGUACAUGCUGCACGAGUAUAUCCUGGCUCUCUGGGGAAUGCCUCUGGGCGAGCUGUUUGAUCUUGAGAAGUUGUCUAAGACGUGUAAGGAGAAAGGGAGAUGGACGUUUUUUGUGACAAGUGCACCGGACCAUUGUGAAGGAGGGGUUUCUUCCCAUGGAAAUGCGUUAGCUAUCUUUUAAAAAUACGUAUGAGAGCAAAGAUUGAGGUUUUCGUCUUUUAAUGUAGGGAUUUAUUAGUGAAGUAUUGACUCUGCAGCCGACGAGGAAGAUGACGCUGGUACGACGUGGAUCAGGACGUAUCCGUACCUGAGGGGAUUGAAAUGCUAAUCUCG